AUGGGAGACCCCAUCCCAACAUUGAGGUAUAUCAAAUCUCAGUUGAUGUUCUAUGCCGUCAUAUUCCUAUUCUAUAUGCAACACGACCCAUCUUUCCAAAUCCCAGAGGCUAACCUGAGAGUCGAACGGUGCAGUGGCGCCCCCAACCUUGGUAAAGGAAAGCGGAAGGCCCGCGAGGGAUCGGAAAGUUCAUCUUCAACCGACCCAAUUGAAAGUCUGGUGGAACCUGAGGCGCUGGCUAAUGAAAUUCCCCUCGUUGGACCCGGCGCCGCCCGUGAACUAGCCCAAAGGAAGAAGGAUAGUGAAGGGAAGAAGGACGAUGAUAAGGGCAGCCUGAACAUCAGGAUCCAUCUGGACUUGCAUGCUAAGGUCAGGUUGGAUUUAGAGGCUGAUUUAUAUGGAGAUAUUGUGAUUGGGUUGUUAUGA